AUGUGUACUUGGUCAUACCUACACUACCAUCACGUUCAGCCGUGCUCCAGGCCGAUUUAUAAUGUCUUCCACUGGGAAUUCUGCGUGGACGCUGGAAGAGACUUAGAUGGCAACUUCCAGACUCCCUGCGAUAGAGCCUUCUCCAAUGUGGUUCAAAACAUUGAUUUUGAUAAUCCUUGCGCGACCGGAGGAUGUCUAAUCUCGCCCGACUGCAGCGCGGGCAACUGCCGUCUGCAGGAGCUUAACGGAUAUUGGAUAUGCUGUCAAUGCAGCAGAGGAGGCAACGAACUUCGCUGGUGCCGACACAAGAUGAAGAAGAGUCCAGACACUUUUUGCUACCACCAAGUCUGUGAGAACUGCACGCCGGACACUGACGCCUUACAGCUGCGCUAA